ACAUUCAAGACUAUUAUACGAACGUAUUCAAAUCCAACGUUUUAUCGGCUUGGUCGGUUGUAAACUUUUUGGCCGGCUAGGAUCACUUUACACGUUAAGUCCAAUGCGCCAAGAAGCCUUAAGAGAAGAGGCCAUAAAGAGUAUGGCUAAACGGCCUGGCUAUGGCAAGUUCGGACGACAGACCCAACUUAUUACUAAUUACUUUGAAAUCAAAAAGAUCGCGAAUAGGGCAUAUUUUGAAAAAUAUGAGAUUACAAUGAAACUGCAAACUCAACAAAGGCCCGGAGGAGAAGGUUCUCAUCGCCGAAAAGCUCCCAAACAAUUGAAACAACUUCCGACUCACGUCCAACGCGCUAUAUUUCAACAAUUAGAAAAACAAGAGCGUAACGGCUGGUUCAAAGGAGCUGGUGUCGUCUUUGAUGGGAGCACGGCAAUAUAUUCUACUGAUCUUUUGAAUUUAAACUCUGAUUCUGGGACAACAUCGGUCACCUUAAAAGAUGAUCAGGACUUCAGAGGGAAUCCUGCCGAGUAUAAAGUCGAAAUUCGAAGGAUUGAAAAAAUUGACAUUGAUGAAUUAAAAAAGUUUCUUGAAGGAAAAGAAAUGAAGUGGGAAUAUUUUGAUUUAGCUGGCCUUAGAGGGCUUAAUGCCUUAAUACAUCAUAUGCCGUCAAUGAAGUAUACUCAAUUUGGUGAAUCUACAUAUUUACCUUCGACGCGUAAAUCUUUGGGUGGAGGUGUAGAAUUAUGGAUGGGUUGGUUUGAAAGCGUAAGGCCCGGACAAGAUAGCUAUUUUGUCAAUGUUAACACUACUUAUACUGUUUUUUACGAGCCGGGACCCCUGCACUCUUUAAUUAUUAAAUAUCUUAAAUUAGACAACAUUCCGGAUCGAUUUACUCAACAACAACAGGACAAAAUUUCCGAACUUGUCCAUGGAUUGCAAUUUAAAGCCAUCCAUCGCCCUAAAGGUCAAAGGUUUCCUGUUGCAAAGCUAUCUAGUGCUCAAAGAGGACAUAUGAUUAAGCAUACUGCAUUGCGUCCUCAAGACAACAUGGAUAGAAUUACUGAAGGUAUUAAGAAUGUCUUACAAUUCGAAAAAGAUUUUAAAUUAAAGAAAUUUGGAAUGAACAUCGAAGAAAAAAUGGCAGUAAUUCCAGCUCGCAUAUUGAAAGCUCCCAAAGUAUCAUAUCAUAUAACAUCCAAAGCAGGUGGCACAGUUAAACCUCGUGAAGGUGGAUGGAACCUUCGAGAUCGAAAGUUUGUCAGAAGCGGUAAAACACUUCAAUAUUGGGUGGUGGUUGCAUUUGUUCAACAGCAAAAGUUAUCAUUUUCGCAAGCCAAACAAUUCAUAAAAGAACUUGAUAUCGCAGAAGGUAACCCACGAGUCAACUAUGUCAAGCCCAAUGGUGAACCACAUACCUAUCAACACCUUGUCAUACAAGAAUAUAAUAACGCUAAGAAUCACCUAAAGAAUGAUCUUCAAUUGAUGCUUUUUAUUCUUCCGGACGAUGAUGAAAAACGAUAUCGAGCAAUAAAAUAUACAGCAGAUACAGUUCUCGGCGUUCCCUCACAAUGUGUCCAAGUUGAUAAAGUAGGAAAGACAAGUAAACAAUAUUGUGCGAACAUUGCAUUAAAAAUAAAUUUAAAGCUGGGAGGGACAAAUCAAUCCCUUGAAGAUACCGAAAUACCCCUCUUCGCACAAGAGCCGGUAUUGCUGCUUGGUGCCGAUGUCACACACCCAACUGGUGGGCGUGCUGGUCCUUCAAAUAUGCCUUCUAUUUGUGCGGUUGUUGGUUCACUCGAUCGCCAAGGUGGUCGUUUUACUCCAAAACUUGAAAGCCAGAAAACUAGACAAGAGAAGAUUGAAAAUAUGAGUGGGAUGGUAUUGGAAAUUUUGAGAGACUAUCGUGAUAAAAAUAGUAUUUUACCUCGACGGAUUAUCAUGUACCGAGAUGGUGUAUCUGAAAGUCAAUUUGAAAUGGCUUGUACAAAAGUGGAAGAGGGUUAUAGGCCCCCAAUAACUUUUGUAGUCGUCGGUAAACGACAUCAUACACGAUUUUAUCCGCGGCAUGAACGCGAUGCUGACAGCAAAGGAAAUUGUGUUGCUGGCACGGUUGUUGACCAGAAAAUAACACAUCCAUAUUUGUUUGAUUUCUUUCUACAGUCACAUUCAAGUUUACAUGGAACAUCACGACCAGCACACUGUAUGUAUGCUUAUUACUUUGGUCAACUUUACGACUACGCGCAUUUAGCUGCAAAGCGCGCACGAUUGCAUUUGGAACAACAGCAGCGUGGUGAAACAGAGUUUGUAUUGAAGGAAGUUAAAGAAAGCUUAGCUAAAG